AUGGUCCCUCGGUCGCCACAGCAGUUUCAGUCGGAGGCAAAUGUGGCGGCAGGCACAUCAUCAGCUCAGUCUUUGCGGCAGUCCUACCUGAGAGGCUGUGGCGAUUCAGAUGCCAGUCUAUCUGACAUGAUGUCAGCCCAGUCAUUGCCACAGCAGUUUCAGUCGGAGGCAAAUGUGGUGGCAGGCACAUCAUCAGCUCAGUCCUUGCGGCAGUCCUACCUGAGAUGCUGUGGCGAUUCAGAUGCCAGUUUGUCUGACAUGACGUCAGCCCAGUCAUUGCCUGGGUGCUGA